ACUCUGAGCAGGCUUGAGGUUUGUUGAAGAGAGAAUUGGCAAUGUUUGGACUGCGUAUGCUUGGACGUGUGGGAGUUGAUGUUGUGAGCGGAGGAGCUGGUCUGUGGCGGGCAGGUGGUGCGGCUGCGGUGUGGUCGGCUACGGCGGCGGCUGGUGGUGCGGCGGGCGCGUCAUCCACGGCGAGUGGAGCAGUGACGGGCAAGCGGGCAUUGGGGACGAGUGCAUGGGCAUGGGAGGAGAAGACUGAGGACAAGGUCGAUGCUGAGAAGGCGACCGAGGAGGCGACUGAGAUCAAGACCGAGAAUGAGGCUCAGGUUGAGCAGGAGAGCAGCAGUGAGAGCAGCAAGGCCGACCAUGACGCGGCUGCGGCAAAGGUGGCCGAGCUCGAGGAGAAGAUGGUCGAGAUGAAGGAGAACCUCCUCCGGGCGCUUGCUGAUCAGGAGAACGUUCGUAUUCGUGCUCGGGAGGACGUCGAGUCGGCGCGCAAGUUUGGUGUGACCAAGUUUGCAAAGUCGAUGCUCGAUGUGGCCGACUCGAUCGAGAAGGCUAUGGAGGCCGCCAACGAGGCUGAGCACGGCGCGCUGUACGAGGGCAUCGCCAUGACCUACAAGCAGCUGUACAACGCCUUUGCUGCAAACGGCAUCGAGCCUGUUCGCCCGCUGGGCGAGCCGUUCAACCCGGAGCUGCAUCAGGCUCUCUUCGAGAUGCCCGCAGGCGGCGAGCACGAGCCUGGACACGUCGGCAUCGUCACCCGGACCGGCUACACCCUCAACUCGCGCAUCCUCCGUCCGGCCCAGGUUGGCGUCGUGGCCCAGCCGCUCCCUGAGGCGAACGGCGAUGGCAGCAAUCAGUAAAAUUGUCUUUCUCCA